AUGGAGAGCAACAAAGACGAGGCCCUCAAGUGCCUCGCGAUCGCGCAGAAGCACCGCGACGCAGGCAACUUCCCCUCCGCGAAGCGGUUCUGCCAAAAGUCCAUCAACCUCUUCUCCACCGCCGAGGCCCUCAAGCUCCUCGAUGUAAUCGACUCCGAGGCCGCCGCCUCCGAUGCGGACGCGGGGAGCGCUGCGGGGUCGUCAGCAGGGACAAGCGCUGGUACGACGUCCAGCGGGGCAGAGACGCACCCGUCCGCCGCCGGGGCACGGCACAGGACGGCGGGGAAGGAGAAGGAGAAGGAGGCGGAGAGCGCGACCCCGAAGAAGAGCUACACGAAGGAGAACAUGGCGGUUGUGGAGCGCGUGCGCAAGUGCAAGGUCACGGAGUACUACGAGAUCUUGUCACUCAAGAAGGACUGCGAGGAGGUAGAGGUGAAAAAGGCGUACCGCAAGCUGGCCCUUGCUCUGCAUCCAGACAAGAACGGUGCGCCGGGCGCCGAUGAGGCGUUCAAGAUGGUCUCGAAGGCUUUCACGGUCUUGUCAGACCCGCAGAAACGAGCCGCAUACGAUUCUCAUGGCUCUGAUCCUGAGUCGCGAUUCAGCGGUAUGUCGUCAUCGUCGGGCCGAGCACCACCAGGAUUCGCGCGAGGCGAAGGAUUCGAGGGCGAGAUAAACCCCGAAGAGCUGUUUAACAUGUUCUUCGGCGGUGGUAUGAAUGGUGGAGGGUUUGGUGGCCCAGGCGUCUUCUCAGCCAGCUUCGGGCCCGGGGGCUUCCGCACAACGCGCAUGCGGACGAACAUGCGACCCGAACAACAGCAGCAAGCAGCUGAACCACGGUCCAUGUGGAUACAGCUUCUUCCCCUGUUCAUCCUCUUCGCGUUCUCUUUGCUACCGUCACUGUUCACCUCAUCGCCGGCCCCUGAUCUACGAUUCUCCUUCUCCCCUUCGUCACGCUAUAACCUCGAGAGGACCACGAAUGGACUCAACGUAAAAUACCACGUCAACUCGGUCGAGUUCUCCGGACACCCGAUUGCAGCGGAGCUAGCACGCAACGACAAUAGCCAACCUCAUCUUCGCAGGUUUGAAUCGAACGUCGAACGAGCGUACACUCAAGAUCUCUACGCACAAUGUCAACGCGGCCUGGACCGCAAGCAACGUCGCGAAGACCAAGAAGUGGGUAUUUUCGGUAUCGGAACUGACUGGAAGAAGGUGGAGCAGAUUAAAGCGGAACCCAUAGAGAGCUGUGAUAAGUUGCGGCAGAUGGGAUUGUUGCGCUAG